GUUUUUAAGGAAGAGAAAAAGAUUUUAUUAUUAUUUCAUGUGUUCGUUCCAAUGAUACUUAAGGAAUAGGUUUUUUAACCAAUCCCAGAAGAUUAAAUGUCACUAUCACUAGAGCUAGAUUUGGAUUAAUCAUUAUUGGUAAUGCAAGGGUUUUAUGCAAAGUAUAUAUAUUCUAUCUAUUUAGGAUAAUCUUUGGAAUAAUAUGCUUAAUCAUUUUAAAGAUUAAGAUUUAUUAAUGGAAGGUUCUUUACCUAAUCUUAAGUCAUGUCAUAUAAAAUUUAGACCACCUUAAAAGUUUAUUCCAGAAAGACGUAAUAAUACUAUGAAUGGAGGAGACAAAGAUGAUAAAAGUGUUUAUUCCUAUGCAUAAACAGGUUCAUCUUUUAUCUAAACUUAGAUAAUCUUAAUCAAUUUGAUCAUGAUUUAGGAGAUUUCCCAUUAACUUUAGGAGUCAGAAAUAGUGAAUUUGGAUUCAACCUUAUCCCAGAUACUCAAGCAUUUAUUAAAGUUUCUGAUCAAAAUGAAAUUAGGAGAAAUCAAGAUAUCCAAAGUAUUGAUCAAUCCUAAAUUAUCAAUAUUGGUUAACCUCCUUCCUCUAUCAUGUAAAUUGGUAACUUCUAAAAUGAUCUCCAAUUAGAUCUUUGAUCACCA